AUGAAAGCUGCACGAGUCCGACCCACCUCCCCCGAGGGAACGCCGUAUGGGUUCCCUGGAAAUGCUGCCCCAUCGUCCGCCAUUGAAGUUCACGAGGACGUCCCCAAGCCACAGGUAUCUAAGCCUGGCGAGCUACUGAUUCAGGUCAAGGCUUCUACUGUGUACAAAGACAAUCUCGAAUGGAACGAGCUUUACCCGCCGAACCGUGCAACACUGGGAAAUGACUUCUCGGGAAUAGUCGUCGCCGUGCACGAAAGCGAGACGAAUUUUCGAGUCGGGGAUCAUGUAUACGGUAUGACGCAUGCAGGGCGAGGAGGAACCUGGGCCGAGUACGCCAUCGUCACUACCGAGGAAGCAGUGAAGAAGCCGGAUACCCUGUCGUGGGAGGAGGCUGCUGCCAUCCCCGGGAGUGCUCUCACCGCUGAUCAGGCAUUGUUCAAACAUGUUGGACUCGAGAAUACAGCAUACAACGGACAAAAGCGGGUUCUGAUCACCGGCGCAGCAGGUGGCAUUGGCACGUUUCUGGUGCAGUUUGCUGUACUGGCUGGACACCAUGUCGUCGCAGCGUCCAGCUCGAACCAGCGGAACGAGGCAUUCCUACACUCGCUCGGUGCCCAAGAAGUGGUGGAGUACAAUGAUCUCGGUAUAUUAGACAAAGUCGACGUGGCUGUUGACUCGGUAGGAUCCCAGGUACUUGCAGACUGCUGGGGCGUCAUCAAGCCGGACGGCACCAUCUUGUGCUUUGACGCCUGCAGCUGGGGUUUCAGGGAAGAGCACAAAGCAAAGGGCAUCAGUAAGGGAAAGGAUGGUGUUCGGGCACUUUACAUGAUUGCUGAGCCUUCGGAGGAGAGUAUGGCGCGCAUCACCGAACAUGUCGCCAGUGGAAAUAUCAAAGGACGUGUAUCCAAAGUGGUGACUUUGGAUGGCGUGCAGCAAGCCUAUGAAGCUGCUCAUUCUAGAGGGGUCGGUCGUGGGAAGAUUGUGGUGCUGAUCUGA